AUGGCUGAGUGUCACUCUACCGCGACUCCCAUUGACACUCAUGCCAAGCUUUCGGCAGACGACAACGCCAAGCUUCAGGACGGCUCUAAGUAUCAGAGUCUUGCUGGGGCUCUUCAGUACCUCACCCUAACUCAACCUGACCUGGGGUAUGCAGUUCAGCAGGUGUGUCUCUUCAUGCAUGACCCGCGCAAGCCCCACAUGGCCCUGAUCAAGUGCAUCCUACGCUAUGUGAAGGGCACGAUCUCCUCUGGACUUCACAUCGGCAUCGGCUCUGUUCAGUCUCUGACUGCCUACUCCAAUGCCGAAUGGGUUGGCUGUCCGGACUCUCGAUGCUCCACCUCUGGCUUCUGCGUCUACCUCGGUGACAAUUUGGUUUCUUGGUCCUCCAAGCGCCAGACCACGGUGUCUCGUUUCAGAGCUGAGGCGGAAUAUCGUGUUGUGGCUCAUGCAGUGGCAGAGUGUUGCUGGCUGCGCCAACUUCUUCAGGAGCUUCAUGUCCUGCUUGCUUCAGCCACUGUUGUCUACUAUGACAAUGUGAGUGCUGUCUAUAUGACAGCCAACCCGAUGCAACAUCGGCGCAUGAAGCACAUCGAGAUUGAUAUUCACUUCGUCCGUGAGAAUAUGGCAUUGGGUGAGGUCCAGGUUCUCCAUGUGUUGUCUGUAACAACCUAG